UGUCAGUAUGCCAAAAAUAAGAAGAAGAAGAACCGGCGAAUGAUGCUGAAACUAUAUCGAUUGGCUCUGGAUUUGCCGUCGUAAAGUUGUUGUCAGCUGUUCAAUGAUAAAUAAUAUGCUCCAAGGUGUUCCCUUAUCUUGAGAGCUUGAUAAGAUAAUAAAUAUGGAAGAGAAAAAAGGUGUUGCUGAAAGACUUACUCUUGGCAUUACCCGAAUACUUGAGAGCAUGCCUGGCGUUGCAGACACUCGGUUUGUAGAGAGGGAGCCUGCAGAGAAGAGAUCUUUGCUGUCAUGGGAACAGAAAAACACAUGCAUUCUUCCAGAGGAUCUGCGAGAUUUCUAUUUGACAACCGACGGGUUUACACUCACAUGGAGUGUCACACUUGAUAAUGAGUGUGUGCCAGUCGGUUGCAUGAUGAUUAACAGUGUGGUAAGGCUACGACAGCUGCAUCCCCCGACAACACUUUUCUCUCUGCCUAAUGCCCCCACACUGGCAGACCUAGACUGGGAUGGGGGCAGUACAGAAAGUGAAUCAGAAGACUGUCCUGCUGUACCUCAUUUUGAUUCUCGGAGUCGGAUCUUUGAGCUGGAUUCCUGUGGCGGAAAUGGAAAAGUAUGCCUGGUCUACAGAAACUGCAGCCAAGGGAUUGUAGCCCAGCAAAGUCACAUUUGGUUCCUUGACCGCUCCCUGUACUGGCACUAUCUGACCCCCACCUUCACGUCCUACUACCGGCUGAUGCUCACGCACCUGGGCCUGCCUGAGUGGCAGUACUCCUUCACCCCCUAUGGAGCCAGUCCCCAGGCCAAGCAGUGGGAGUCUCUGUACCCACCGUUAACAUUCCAACGCGAGCUGGGCCCAGUGGACCCCGCGGGGGACACCCAUUUCAACAACAAGCUGGACCCCACCAAGGCUUUCAAAGGCAGAUCCAAAGUGGCCACACCCAAGAAGAAGCAGUCGACCCAGAGCGGUCCUGGAGGCUCGGCCAAGGGUCAUGUCAGUGUGGGGAAACAUGCUGUGGUCCGGCGUUGAGAAACCCUGUUUGUAUGCAUCUUUUUUUUGCACAACCUUCACCCUUGGAAAUAAUCUAUCCAAAAGCUUCGGUUAGAUAUGUUUCAAUGAACAGUUCACUACAAUACCUAAGGACAUAAAAUCUAUAAUUAUUCCACAAGGGUAUUCUAUAAGAGCUAUUCAAGUAUUAUAAGGUUUUAGGGGCAGCAUGAGAACUAUGUUUUUUCCAGACUAACUGUUCACAUGUUUGAAUACAGUAGAUAUUUGUUUUGCUACAUUUGUAAUGGUUUUGGCUCUGGAGGCUGUUCUAUUGAUUUUGAUGAUCUUGGCACAGACCUAUUGGUUUGUGUUAAUAAUCUCGCAAGCUUAACCUCCGGUGGUCUCACUGUGGCUAACCGCUAGGGAAGAACCCCAUUGAUAUUGAGGAAUUCACAGUGUAUUAUUGCCUUGUUAUUGUUGGAAUUAUUAGUUGAGAUUGGUAACGUUUACAGCUCAGCCUCUUUGCACAAAGGGCCAUGCCAUAUCAGUUAAGCAUAAUGCACCACUUCGCCUGUAGGGGGACCAAAAUCCCAUUCAGGCAGAUAAGAAAAAGAGAGAAGAACAAAGACUUUUCCCCGCGAGUCGCUUGAAAAGGGCGCUGGGGUCGGUGGUACAUGGGCUUUGUAUAUGUUUAGGAUUCACUUCACCUCUGAAACAAACAUGUUCAAAAAGCAAAUGAAGAGUUGACAAUUGAGUUUUAUUUAUCAAAAGAUGGGUUGAGGACAAAUUAAUAUCUAUCCAGACCAGGCCAAUGUCCAGCAGGGGUUAAGUAUCUUUUGUCCUGUAAACACACAGGGAAGAGCAGUAACGAGCAUUGUAGGAGGGAAGUCAAAUCAUAAUAAACAUUUCAAGCUUGAAGGAUUUUAAGAGCACACAAGAUUACUUGGUAUUUCCUUUUCAGAGAAAAAUAAACGAAAGAAAACAAGUUAUUCAAAGCAUAUUUGGCAUGGUCGUUGGCUGUUAGCUGCUUACACAACCCAGGCCCUGCUUGGGUUACCAGUGGAACAGCACUCUCGCUCUGGUUGAGGAAAGACUGUCUCUUUAUGUAGGGUGAGGCUUCAUGCAGCCAAAUGAUUACAUGUGAGACUCCUUUUACUGAUGUUUAAUUCAGUAUUCGAUGUCUCAAACACAGCUCCAACACUGUAAAACACUAGAACUAAAAGUCCAGACAAA